AUGAGUGAGUCUGAGCGUCGACAGAUAGGAUAUAACAGCCUCUUGGAAGCAGAUGGACAAAAUCAAUCGUCAGAAGCGACAAACAAUGAGCCAGUGCAAGCAAAUAAUAUUUCACUUUGCAAGCGAAUCGUGAUAUGGAGAAGAUACCUAAUAUUGAUUUUAACGCCGAUAUUACUCAUGCCUCUUCCUUUCGCAGUACCUGGAAGGGUAAGAAGAAUUUGCUUUUUGAUAUGUUAGUGUACAGGAGUUUCUUAUUUUAAAAAAUACACGCUAACUAGAUGGUACUGAAUAGUGACAAAGAAAAUGCAAAAUCGUACCAGAGUGGAUCGUGUUCGGGUUAAGGUUAGGCCGGAAAUAGUUCUGUUCCUUAAUUUAAAGUGUCGAGGUGAUGUCUUCUUACGGAAACGUCAUAAUGCUUUCUCUUGUAUUAUAUUAUAUUAUCACAGUCGGCUGUUAGUAACGCAUUUUUUUCUGUUUAAUUUACGAAAGCCUUCUUUCGACGUCUUCGACAGAUGCCGCAUGAAUUCAAACAAAAUUGAAGCUCACAAAUCACAGCAUUAGCCUUGGAUGUUCAAAACUGAUCGAGCGUUUUCGGUGUUCUCUAGCUCAACCCGGGAUAGGAGAGGGGUGGGGGGUGGACGACACCCAUGUAAAGAUGACAGGGAUGUUCGUUGUCUCAGGGGUAAAAAUUGCAGAUUUCUAUUUUACCUGUUUAAGACGGGAAAAUGAUAUUUACACCUGUAAAGAUAUCACUAAGGGUUGUGCAUAAAGACAUGUCUAUAAAACAAUUCAGCAAUCAAAUGCCUAUAUAUUGCGUUGACUAUGGUCUUCUUUAGGCCGGAGUCAAAUAAAGUCGAUCGCCGGAUCGAGCAAAGCCCAGAUAGGUCUCCCGUUGCAUCCAAGCCUCUUUCCUAUGGGAGUUCCCCGGGGCGCCUAACUCCCCGGAACACACUAUCAGUAACCUUAGUCAGCAGUUAUGUAGAGCUGUACCCAGACGAAAAUUCUCAACCAGGAAACGUUACUAGUAAAAAAGUCCGGAUACUUUUCAACGUGUAUAAAUUAAUCAAUGUUUCAGGAAGCACGAUGUGCAUACUGUAUACUCAUCAUGGCGGUAUACUGGGUGACCGAGGUUGUGGAGCUGGCUGUCACUGCUCUCCUUCCGCUGGUUCUGUUUCCGUUAUUUGGUGUCCUUGGAUCCAAACAAGUCUCUACUCCUUACUUCAAGGACACAAACGUACUCUUCUUGGGAGGCUUGAUUGUUGCAGUCGCUGUGGAACAAUGGAAUUUACACAAACGGAUCGCUCUUCGAAUUCUCUUGUUGGUGGGAGUUCAGCCUCGACGGUAGGUUAAUUGUGUACCGUUUAAAAACGAACGGUAGUGGUAUUUCUUUACGAUUAAAGUACGCAGUAUUACAACCAGUAACAACUGCCUGUAGCAUUGAGUAACCAAUCUAAUUGAGCCACAUGAACUGUAGGUUUAUUUAAUUUACGAAUCUGUUGGUCAGUUCACACAACUGCUUUAGUUUCGGUUUGCGUUACUUAAGCUAAUAAGAUAAUCGGAUUGAAAAUUUAGCCAUGGGCAGACGUAAAAUAUUGAAAUGAGUUGUGAUCGAUAAGCAAAAGCAUUUUUGUGCAACGUAAAACUAAUGAUGAGGAUGGUGAUGAUGUUGGUGACGAAGAUGAUGAUGACGACUAUGAUGAUAGCCAGUGUCUAGUGGGCAAUACUCUCACACGCCAUGCGGGAACGACAUAUUAGCGGGAUGUCUUGUACGGACGAAAACUUUCAAGGGAAGAUAAUAUUCCUGAACUGGGAAAGGUUUGAACCCACUAAUCAUUUCAUAAGUAGGUUCAGCAAGAUCGUCCGGGUGAAUGCAGUCGUGAAUAGGACUGUUGUUGACAGUGACUGAUGUUUCCACAACCUGAGCGGUAGUUAUCUUCAGAAAACUCUGAAAUUGACUACUGCACAGGUUGUCCAGACCUCAGUCACUGUCAACAACAGUCCUAUUCAAGACCACGUUCACCCGGACGAUCAUGCUCAACCUACUUAUGAGUAUUCCUGAAGUUAUUUCUUACUAUCACGAUUUUAUCGAGGGGUAGUAGAGCAGAGAAUUAGAAAAUCUGGAAAGGAAGUUGUGGACCUCGGACGUUCAUAUGGGGGAACUAUCAGGUUCAUAUGUGAAGAUAGCUUUUAUUUACUUUUGAAAUGUUAAAAUCAACUCUUCUUUUGUCCAUGUUACAGGUUAAUGCUCGGCGUAAUGUUGACAACAGCGUUUCUUUCCAUGUGGAUAAGCAAUACUGCCACUACCGCCAUGAUGGUGCCUAUUGUCGAGGCAGUAUUGAGAGAAAUUAGAAACAAAAGUUUAAAGAAUAGAUUGCAGAAGAAGGACUUUGGCGAGAACAUUCAGGCGGAUGAGGUAAGAAAACGUAAGAAAGCAGGCGGCACCAGUUUGCUCUGUCAUCAGAAAAACAGCCGGAAGACAAAAGACUAUUUAGCAUAUUCUAUAUAAAAAUCCAGUAUCAUGACAGGCGCGGAACCAGAAAAUCUGUAAAGGGAGCCAGCGGACUUGCCAGUUAGUAACAUGCGAUAUUAGUGUAUAGUCAAACGAUCCCUGAAAGCAUCCCAAAGACUCCACUGAUUUCAGACAGAAGAGGGCGGGGCCGUAGCCCCUGGUACCAUUUUAAAUUCGCCCCAUAUGCAGCGAUCACUUUGAAAUCAGUUUAAACUGUUGUAAGAAUGAUUGCUACCAUUAAAAAGACCAUUGAAGAGUUGUUUCGAUAUAUCUCUACCAUCGCUGAACUUUCUUUUAAAUGAUCCUUGCGAUGACAGGGAUUGUCGGUAGCAUUCACGAGGAAACCAUACCGGACUUAGAGGAGAAAAGAAAUAUUCAAAAACUUUAGAUUUACUUCUCAAGUAGUUGAAUGGUAAUUCUUUAGCAAGGACGUUCGAGACAAAUCCACUGAGAGCAUGAACCAAAUAGUUUACCAUGACAACAGUACUAGCAGGAAAGUUUUCCUAAGUAGCUGUGGCUUGGAAUUUUAAAAGGCUCUUACUACAAAUAUACUUUGUGAUAAAUCUGAAAGAUUGGCGUUUUUGCUUCUGCAAUGGAAAAAAUGCUUUCCCCCCAACAAUAAUCCGGUUGCUUUCGUAACCUGAAGUGAGGAGUUACGUCUUCCCAGAAGUGCGUCACCUAAAAUCAUGUCAGUUGUAUAAAAUACAUUGUACUUCUCUUGAAUUGUAAGCUGCAACAGGCCAUUCCGGCGAACGCAUCCUUUGAACUUGCCGAAAUAAAUGAGAAUCAGGAAAAGGAAGAUACUGAGAAGCCGACAGCAGCAGCUCAGGAUCCUGAAAUGACCAGCGAGGGUGGAAAGACCUCUGAAAGCAAAGAUGCUGGUGGCCCCGUCGAAAAAGGAGAAAGGUGCUUACGGUUUCGGGAAUAACUUUUCACGCCCACUAACUUGCUAACCAAGGGAAAAGGUGCUCAGUAGAUAUAAGCCAAACAAUAUGUGCCAUGUCAUAAGUCAUUUUGGGCUCAACGUUCACAAAGUACGAAUAACUGAAGUUUCUGACUGGAGUGUAUCUCUGUUUUAUCAUGCUAGGCCAAUGAGAGUAUCGACGCCUUAAAGUUGCUCUAUUUGUUGACUGAAGUGUAUUUUAUCAUGUUAUGCUAAUGACAGUAUCGAAUGCCUUAAAGUUACUCCAUUUGGUUUUGUUUUUAGAUCAUCAGUAAAUUCUUUUCAAGAAGAUAGUGAUAUAGAGGUAGGUCCUCGUUGAUGGGUACAUGCAUGCAUCGCCUUGAAUAAUGAUGCGAGGCUGCCUACUCACUUUGACUCUUCUAACUGGUAUCUUGAAAUAAGCCUGCUGGACAUUCUGGAUCGUCAUCAAGAAUGUGACUUAAGUCCAGCUAGCCUUUAACAAUCGAUAUAGCCUGUUCCAGUCUCCAAGACAGUGAGGAAAGCGGAGCCAUUCCUGUAUACCAGCCCUUGAUAUACUCCAUGAUUGGUCAAUUGCGACAAUUUACCUCUACACUUACGUAGAUCAUUUGCCUUCGCGCCCACAGCGUUUAACAAACAUGUCGAGCUCUGAAACCCGCCUACAAUGCACCUUUUGACGUUUUGACAUUUUUACACGAGAAAGGGUUUUUCAGUAUGUUGGGGGGGGAAGUGAGCUGAUUUAGGUAUGUGAAAAAAUGCUUAUAGAAUCUCCUCCUUCUCUCUUCUCGCAGUUAAUCGCUCACUCCCUUUUUUCGCUCAUCCGCACUGACCGCGAGAGCCUGGAACAGGCUAACAACCUCUACAGAAGUUCAGAAGUCGCGAUUGGAAACAGAGUGGCUACAUUACGGUGUACCAUCAGUUGAUGGUUAAUUAGAGCUGCAAUAUCAACAGAAAACGUCCUGAUUUUAUUGGCUAUGACUACCUCACCUUCAUCCGGGUGGGGUGGUUCAACCAUAUAAUUAUUCACGAGAAUAACCCCGAAAUGUCUGACAUUAAAUUUGAGAGGAUUUCAUUUUCAGAACGCCGAGACUCAUUAUUACAACAGAUUUUGCAAAGGCAUGAUGUUAGCUGUUGCUUACGCUGCUAAUGUUGGUGGUACUGCCACGCUGACGGGAACCGGUCCAAAUCUUGUGUUCGGUGGACAGGUUAACCAGUAAGUCAUUUUACAUCAGUAGGCCGUAAUUUUUCUCAAAGAAAAUAAUAUCGGUACUGUGUUAAUUAAAGUGAGGGUCUGGAUGGGGUUAAGUGACAACUGACAAAUCGCCUAAAAUUUAACUGACAACUAACAUUUGCCGUGGCAAGGGUUUUACUGACAAAUGACAAAGGACCUGGUUGUCCUUUAUUUUCUACAAAACCCAUUUUUAAGACACUCUUUUCGUCAUACAAUUUGAUGAAAUGUGCGUUUAUAUGGGUAAUCUUAGUUUUCGAAUUCAGUGUUUAAUUUACAUUAUAUAUGCUUUUUUUGAAAAAUUUCGCAUCAAAAAUGAACAAAUAAGUUCCAUAGUUAAUUAUUAACAAUCAUUUAACCGACAACUGACAAAUGACCUAAAAUUCAAUUGACAACUGACAAAUGGCCAAAAUUUUAACUACUGACAACUGACAUUUCUACCCCACCCAGACCCUCAUUAAAGAAGUCUGUAUAAUCAACUGUAUUUUUUGCAGGAACCUCCUCUGUUGUAAGAAAUUACUAAUACCUUUAAAAUACAGUAUUGAUUGCUCUAGAGAUAAGAUAACUGCCUACGACAAUUACCUGCUCAUGCGCAAUAUAGACAAAGGCCGGGCUUUCCUGCUGCAGAAAAUGCUCUGGUCUUGCGCAGUUUGAUCGGGUGUUGUAUUUUCUUGACUUUUACUGGCAAUAUUGGUGUCUAAGAACAAAGUUCAUCAUUUCAAAGUGCUCCAAAAUCAUAUCAAGCACAGUUCAAUUCUAGCCUCUUCCUAAACGCUCGUAAAAAAGUUUGGAGGUUUUCGGUCGAUUCAUAAUCUACAGCAACUGAAAAUGUUGUUUAUGAGGUAACUCGGAUAACUUCUUUUAAUUGCCUCUAAGCGUUUCUGAAAACUUACAACCCGUUUAGUUCAAUUUCGAAAAACGUUUCAGUAAAUCACUUUUAUAAUCAAUUGACACUAAUGUUUUGCAGUCUUUUCCCCGAGAGUCCCGGCUUCAGCUUUGCGAUGUGGUUUGGUUACUCAUUUCCUCAAAUGGUUAUCCUUCUGUUUGUUGCUUGGAUCUGGAUUCAGCUAUUAUUCCUAGGAUUCAAGUAAGUCAUAGUUUGUAGCGCCUGUAAGAGUGAUUUUCCUAUUAGGUGGCGUCUAUGGAUGAACCAGCAACGUUCUAUUUCACCUACAUAAGAACCUCAAAACCGAACUGAUAAUCCUGGAAGAAAACCAAGAGAAAGCCAGGCUAUUUUUUUCUUGGAAGGCUUUAUAAAACUUCUCAGUAAAACCUAACACGCAGAGAUAUUUUCUCACCCUCUACCACUUGUAAAGAUAUACACUCAACAUGCUCUUUUUCCUCUCCAUUUAGCUUCCGUAAAUGUUUUCGCAAGUAUGUCUCCAAGGAGCGAAGAUCACGGAACAGAGACAACCAGCAAACAAAGGUCGUCAGAGAGCUUUUGGAGAAUCAGUACAGAGCACUAGGAACAAUGUCGUAAGAUUAACAAAUCUUGUAUAUGAUUACAAAAACUUGUAUAAUGUACUUAUCCGCACAUCAUAUCCGUGUCCAAGGAUAGAACCCCUUUAGAAUUUCUCUUUAUUUGUUUCGAUUCUUGUAUUUCUAAUUAGGUUUGCUGAGAAAGCCGUCCUUGGUCAUUUCAUCCUGUUGGCGUUGCUGUGGCUGUUUCGUGAACCCAAAUUUAUGGACGGAUGGUCCAUAGCAUUCAAAAAAGGGUAAGUGUGCGCUACUUGCUUUAUUGAUAACAUCAACGUGACACCGUCAUAAAUUUAACUUGCUCUUUUUUCCAGGUACGUUAGAGACGCCACAGCAGCGAUGACGGUAGCGUUCUCACUGUUUGUAUUCCCUUCACAAAGACCAAGAACCUUUGCUCUUGAUGGAUCAGGUAAUGAAAAAAUGACAAAAUGCUGAAUGUUGAGUCGAAGCAACUUUUGAAUUUACUUUCUAACUUUCUAAAAGAUUGAAAGCCAACCAAACGCAGCUUCCCGCCAAGAGACACAAUGUGCGGGAGGGCGACAUUACUUCAUAAGUCCGAAGAAGUUUAUAUGGACAUGGCUCAUACUAGAAAUAAUGAAUACACCUGGUCAUAUGUGGUUGUAAGUGAUUUAAAUUAGAUAUUUGAACCAAUGAAUACAUAUAAUCGAUAUACUCGGUACAGGUAGACAGUGAUAAGGCAUGAUAAACUUGAGACUUCCGCCGGAGUAUUUAGGAACGCCCAUAUGGAUGGUUCCUGAUUUUCUAAUGAAGUAAUUCAUUUUAUGAUGUUUUUUAUGAUGCUAUGGUCAUCCAUAUGAUGUGUAAGUGUCAUCCAUAUUAGGGAACAGGAAUUAUCGUGAUGCUGUUUGUUAAUAGCCGAGUUGUUCAAAGCUGGGCUAAGAUAACCCAAGGUUAAUGCGAGAUUUGAAUUCAGAUUUGAAAGCUUAAAAAACAUUUCAGUUUUAAUUCUAUUUGUCUUACUACAAGUUGAUGAUUGGAAGCUCUAAAAAUAACAGAGAAAAUUAUCCAAGAAAAUGCUUUUGAGCACAAGAAAAAGAAACCAGGGUUAAAUUUAACCCCAAGUUAAGCGCUAAUCGGCCUUCGAACAACUGGGCCCAUUGGUGUACAGGGUGUUUUUUACUACAACCAGUACUCGAUACAGUAUAAGGAAUAAAAUUUCAGGUUUGGUCCGGAUUUAUAAGGUUUAUUCGUGCAGGUAUGUUUUCUACAGUGAACAAGCUGCCAUCCGGUCUAUUGGAGUUCAGAACCAUGUCUAAGAAGUUUCCAUGGCAUCUUAUUAUUCUGCUUGGUAGUGGAUUUGCUCUGGCAGAGGCCUGCAAGGUAGGUAUAUGCCAACCUCGUUCCCAGGACCCUCUCCUACUCGAGCCCAGGAGCGAGAGACAAAGAGACAGUUUGCUCUCUCUCUCUCUAAACAAUGACAUGUCAUUCUUCCAAUUGUUUUAGUAUUGUUUGGCUUCUCUUCCGAGCAGCUGCUACACGACCCCUCUCUCCCUCGCUGCGACGGACGAGUAGGAGAGGACCCUGGCAACGAAGUUGCUCAUAUGCGAUAAAACUGUUUUAUACAACUAAUAUUCACUCUUAGAUGAAUAAUCUGCUCCAAGGUGAAAAUCUUCAUUCACCCACCACUUUAAAAAGUUUUUUUUUCUUCGUGAGGAAAAAGAUAUAGCGCAGAAUGUGAUGAGACAGAUGGAGCGAUGGUGGGCCAAGUUACCAGACAGGGGAAGGCGGUCGAACUAAUCUGUGAUACACUCCGGCUUUAUCUAAGUCUUUCACUUAAAGUUAGUUCUGAGAACCUGUGCCAUAGUCUUAACCUUAUGAGACUCUGGACGAAGUCCUAUGGUGUUAGUUAUAACUCAAAUGAACCCUCUUCCAUUCAGCAGCACUUUAAAGUUGAACAAUAAGUAAUAAGUCUGGAAUUUUGGAAUUUAAUGGUUUUGAUUUUGACUUGUUUUCAGGAGUCCGGCCUGUCAGAAUGGGUAGGAACACAGUUGAAACACCUCGACGCCAUCCCACCAGUUGCGAUCGUAAUCUGUAUUUGUGUAAUGAUCACCACUUUCACUGAAUUUACGUCGAAUGUAGCAACCGCGACAAUAUUUUUACCGAUAUUGGCCUUCUUGGUUAGUACUACUUGGAGAGAGGAAGCGCAAUUCUAGAUUUUAAGAGGUCAAUUUUCGAACUCGCGACCACCCUCCAAAAUGCUUUUAAAAGUGGUCUCGCCUAAGGCUGGCGAUCGUUUUCCGGGGAGUCUUUUUAAGGAUCAAGUCGGACACAUCUGCUUAUUCAAAGGGAAUUGAUCGCAUAUACAAUUCCUUAGUUAACUACGUCAGUGUCAUGUUGUCACUAAACGUUUCUUGUAUACUCUGAGUAGCACAGUAUAUACAUCCAACAUGGAGAACAGAUAAUAUGUCAAGUGAUAAUUUAGUAAGGUAGAGGGGGGAACGUCUGCUUUCGAGUCGCCCAUCAAGCGGUGGAUUAUCCUGGUUUUCGUAGCAUAAAGCGACUAGAAAUAUUUCUAUUCCCCCCUGGAUGCUAGUCCAUCGCAGGGUUACCCCCAGCAGUAUGUCGUGGGCACCCAUUUAUACACCUGAGUGAUGAGAUAAGAUGGAGCAAAGUUACUUGUCUAAGAAAACAACUCGACUCAAGCGCUUGAGCCUGGACGUCCAGGUGUCAACCUCUCGGCCAUCAUGCCUCCUACAAGUGGUAUCUUACAAAAGGUUAAGCAAUCCAAAAAGUGAUCGCGGUCACUCACAGGAGCUUCCAACUAUAGAGCUUUGAACAGCGAAAUACUGGUGUUCUGGAUAAGUAGUUUCCUAUUGAAAAGGUGGUCGCACAUAGAGGUUUGACUCUCCUUUCUUCAUUUUUCCCCUCAGGGAGAGCACAUUCGUGUUCAUCCAUGGUACCUCAUGCUACCUGCUACCAUCUCGUGUUCAUUCGCCUUUAUGUUACCGGUCGCUACUCCACCAAAUGCUAUUGUGUUUGCUGGUGGAUAUCUCAAAGUCAAGGACAUGGUAUGUACUGCGCUUUGGUACAAUUUCAGUGUUCUUUUUCUUCGUCUUUCUGCAGUACAGUGUAAGUCAGCUAAGUAUUGCGAGGUCUGGGUACUUUGUUAAUGAACAUAAUAUAACAUAGUUCGUCUGGUAACACAAAACUACACCAUCUCACUUACUCCACUACAUAACGUACCUUGUCAGUACAGUAGCGAAUCUGGCAUGAAAUGCAAUCAGCUAAAAAUUGAAAAACAUCACACCCGGGUUUACUUUCUUCAUAGAAUAGUUUUGGGCCCCCAAGCUCUAGGGCCUCUCCCUAGAACUAUCUCAGUACUUUAGAAACAAUUGUUACCGAUCCGAAGUGAGGAUGGAUAGGUUUGGUACUCAUACUGUAUUCUCUCUGUAUUCUAAUGUAGCAAGUUUCACGCAAGAUUUGCCGAUUCUAGGUUUUGCUCGGGCAGCGUAGCAGUAAACGAAUUUUUUUUGUCUCCUAUCAUUUUCAGGCUAAAGCUGGAUUUGGAAUGAAUAUCCUAUCCGUGAUAGUGUUAGUGAUUUGUAUAAACACCUAUGGUGUGUCCAUGUUUGGUCUGGACACAUUUCCCGCCUGGGCCUCAAGUGUUACCACACCAGGAUCACAAGGAGGAGGACCAGGCACUAGCAUUAAUGUAACGCUGCUUUGUCAAAAUGUGACGUCUACAUAGGGCAAAUGUUAGUUACUAGUGACUAGAAAACAUGUUAAACUAUAGUUUCGCAAAUUAGGGCGAUACAAACCGCGCCACUGAAAGAAUAGCUGUCCUUUGUCGCAUAUACUAGCCAACGUAAUUAGGAUUUGCCUGAAAGAAAAUUUUCCGUUUUCAGGAGGAAUCUAGUUCCUAGUUUAGGCGAUAGACAACUGGCAAAAUAACGGAACAAUAACGUAAAACGUGGGAAGUGUACGGCAGCAAUCUUUCUUGUAAUGCAGACAAGGGCGUUUGUUUGUGAAUCGAGUUUAGAUUGGUUCAAAGGAUUUUAUUUUCAGACGCUUGCAUCAGCGAACGAAUAAAGGAACAGACCAAAUUAUAUUGAAUGUGCCGCAGGUUGAAGGACUGAAGCUACGGA